GGUGGCUCCGGAACGUGAUGCGCUAUCUUGCGCCCCCGGGUCUACCCCCUUCGGCAGUGGCUGAUUCUUUAUUUACAUUAUCAAUUAUGAUUCAUCGAGGUCGCCUCGCCUGCCGCUCUGUGUGCUGCGUUUGGUUGCUUCGAUCAGCUUAGAAUAUUCUUUUGAAAACCGUAAACCUGAAGCUGAAUCUACACCCCAGGAUUACAGGACACGGCCACCGGUGAAUACCGUAUAAGCCCGCAGUUCAACGCCCGGAGUGGUUCGGGCCGUAUCGCGAGCGUUGUCGAGCGUAAACACUACGCCACAGUUCAAACUACAGCAUAUGCGUGGUUGGACACGUGAAGAGCUAGCCAGUAGGAGGAAAGGGGGGCCAGUGGUCACGAUGACGCCAGCAGCAGAGGCCUGUAAACGGGUGCAAUAAACGACUGUGUUCUAAGCACACAGCACCCCAGCAUCUUGGUGACCAGAGCGCCGCGGGGUCUUCCCUUGAACUCCCCCUUUGUUUGUCUUGUCGCUCCGCCACUCCCGUUGCCGGCGGGAAGAACAUAAAUUUGUAGCAUCUUGGAGAUACCCAGCUUUCGCCUGUGAACGUGCGAGUGUAUGAUCGCGUGAUAAAUCGCGACCGCAGUCGCGAUUUAGAAGUCCUUCGAGAAGAGGCACGAGAAUAACGGGGAAAAGUGAACCACCUACCGAAAGGUUACUGCGGGAGUGAUUGGGCUUUCCUUUUUGGUGAAACACACCCGCUGGUGGAAAACGCAAUAACAUACGCCCGAACACACAGCGCAGCGUGCGACGAACGGCGACUCAAUUGGCCUGUGGCGCCGGAAUUUAAUUGUUCAUAAAUUGAACCAGGUUAAUACAGGAAUUUAAUGCACCGCAAGGAAAUGAGGACCGUUCCGAGGGGCAUACAGGAACGUUAGCAGAAGCAUAUGUCUACGACGCUGCACGCGAUCUUGAUUAAAUGUGGAACCCAUUUCGCAAUCCAACCGCCCCAGUGACUGCCAAUCGGAAGUAGAGGGAGUGCAGAUCCCUACAUCGAAGUGAACCGUGCCGUAGACAUCAUCUGUCUCCGCUCCCCCCUCCGGGGUCAAGCCAGGAGACCGCUGACCCCGCCACGAUCGGCGAGGGGUGUGGAAAGACACGUAGAACGAAAGCAUAAUGAACAAGGCACAGAAGCUAGUGCUCGGUAUCGUGCUGCUGGUGCUGGUCGAUAUCAUCUGGGUGUCGUCGAGUGAGCUAACCAAGUUCUUGUACGAGAACGAAAACUAUGACAAGCCCUUCUUCUGCACGUACUUCAAGGCGUCCAUGUUCACGCUGUACUUGAUAGUGGUCGGAUUAGUAGCCCCAUGGAAGGAGAGCUGCGGGCGCAAUGGUAACUAUUCGCUCAUGGAUAACGCUGAAGAGGAGGAAAGUUAUUUCGCCAAUGGCCCAUCCAGCUUGAGUGAUUCUUCGUUUGUGCCUAUUAAAACCGAGUCCCAGGUUUCGGGCACCGAGAGCGAUGAUUCAAGCAUACGAAGUGUACGCUUCAGCAAGGUGGCCGAGGUGCGCGAGAUGUCACCGCACGAAGCAUCGGAAGCGCUCAUGUCCCGCCUUUCGUACGCGGCCAGCUUACGUGUCCAUCGGCAAAAGUCACACCACAAAACGGCCGGAAUAGCGUUACUGUUUUGUGUGCUGUGGUUUAUCGCAAACUACAUGUUCCAACUGGCCCUGGAACCGAGCGAAACGGCCAUGGUAACGCUACUGAGCUCAACCUCGAGCUUUUUCACCCUCAUUCUGGCCGCCAUGUUCCCGUCGUCCUGUGGUGAUAAGCUAACGGUGUCCAAGUUUUUCGCCGUUCUGCUCAGCAUCUCCGGUGCGGUGAUGGUAUCACUGUCGGAGAUAAGUGAACCGAAGAUGUCCCGAGGCAUCGUGCUGGCACUGCUGAGUGCCUUCUUUUACGCCUCGUACCUGGUGCUAGUCAAGCGAAAGAGUGACGCGGAUGGGAAGUUUAGCAUUCCCUUGUUUUUCGGGUUUGUUGGUUUGUGGAACCUGCUGCUCCUGUGGCCGCUACUGUUUGUGCUAAACUUCUCGCAGCUGGAAGUGUUCGAGUUACCGACGAGACGUCAGUUUAUCGUGCUGUUUCUGAACGGGCUGGUCGGAACGGUGCUCUCGGAAGCGCUCUGGCUUUGGGGUUGCUUUCUUACUUCGUCACUGAUCGGUACGGUCGCGAUUUCGCUGCAGAUCCCAUUGGCCAUGCUAUUCGAUAUGGUACUGCAUGGCAAAACCUAUCCGCCAAUGUUUUAUCUCGGCUCGUUACCCAUGUUCCUGUCACUGCUGCUUGUAGCCUGUUUGGUAAAGUUCGACGACUGUGACCCGUUGCUGAAGCUGGGCAAAACUCUUUACCGACGAUUAUGGUUGUGCCGGAGGCCCAGUGUUGUCAGAAUACCGGACCUCGAGGAGCAGCACGAGUCGCUAAUCGAUGGAAGUCACGAUAAUUGAAACCACCACCACCAGCAGCGCCUUCACGCGUCUCUAUGGUCGCGGCCAGGCUGGCGCCAGGCCCAGUAUAACACACCAGCAUCCCGCGAUUCGCAAUCGUUUCUCGUGUAGAAGGAGAGGAGCGAGAAGAGGAGAGGAUGUGAAUCGUGAUACGAUUUUGUUUCUGUUUUACUGUAACUUGACACCCUCCUCUUUGAACGAUGUACCUUGUACUACUGCGGGAGGGGGACAACACAGAACCCACCUUUCGAAGGAUCGGUUCACCCUUUCCACAUCACCAAAGUGUUCUCGCUUGCAACCAAUGGGCAUUGUUUUGAAUUAUCUUAAAUUUACAGCAGCGUUUCUACACAAACACGUUGCUUAAGUGUAUUGCAAAAAGAGAACAUUAUGCAUUGCGUUCAAACGAAACGCUGCGAGUGAACCGAUAAGCCGCGCCGAUGAUGUAUCGAGAGCAACUGUCUCGAGGAACAGGAAAGAAAACCUGAAUCUCAGUGUGAAUGUAUUUAAUUUUAGAGACUUAUCAUUUCACGAUGAAGGCAAUCGAAGCGCUCACCUGCAUCACACCUGCGAGUUUCUGGAGUCCAUAUGCGCGAUCAGCGCGCUCGGCGGCUAUAAACGUUCAACGCAAAGUCCAGACACGCUCCGUGAGCGCCCUGUUGGCUGAAGGAAUUGCUGUGCUUUUGGGCAGGUUGUAGCAUUUGUUUUCCUUUUUCAAAAAUUACAUCCCGCAGAAGUCAUUAAAGUAUUGCCCCGCAGAGGGCAGAGACAAACGAUGUUGAUCGGAAACCGGAAGUCAAAAGGGAAGCUCGGUUGCCCACCCUUGCGACCGAGCCUGUUUAGCCAGUAGUCCGUAGCGCGAAGACGAUUUUGUAUUUUAGUUUUUGAUUGUGAUAUAUGAAAACAUAGGGUAUACAUUGUAGCAGACGCCCAUUGGAAUGGGGCUGUAUGGUAUUUGAUGCCCUCUGCCUCUGCGCCUCCUGUGUGGCGUUCGCCACCACCAGGGGCCCCGUCCGAUGGAUGGAAAUAAAUGAACGAGGCAACUCCAAAAAGACUAAAAACCAACCAGGCUGGGCGUGCAAAGCCGAUGCGUAGUCGGUGGCAGAAAUUCAAAAUUUCCUGACCACCGAUCUCGGGGUGAUAUGUGUUUACUAGUAUUAUCGACCGUUUUUUAUCCUUACAUCUCGUUUUCCCUUCUCUGCUGCACGCUCCCCUCAUCCCUCAACUCUAUUCCCCAUCUCUAUUCGCGUUCGCAAGCGCAUGUGAGUGCGCUUCGGUUCACAAAAGAUACACAAAGUAUUAGCGAAACAACAAAAAACACCCCAGAAAAAAACCCGCGACGUUACAUGCGCUGGCGUACUCACUUAUUAACUAUCGCACCGUAGAUUCUUGAGCGGCAGCAGUAGCAACAUCCUUCCACCCAUUUCAGACACAAGCACACAUUUAAGAAAAAAAAACUCUAUCCCAAACUGUGUUCUCCUUCCGCAAGGAAUCUGGGAUUAUUAAAACAAAAUUACCUAACUCUCUCGAAAAACUUUCUACUAUACACAAAUACAGCACAGACACCGGCGAGGGUCGGGCACCAUUUCGCAAUAGGGACGAUGAUAAAGGAAUGAACAGGUUGGCAUUACUUUGCAGUCAAAGAGCGAAGCGGGGGCCGCCACGUGCCACGGAAAAGAUCGAGUGAAUCGAGGGUCAGCGGUGGAGGAGGAACCUGUAACCGCGAAUCGAGCGCAUUCCUUAUAUUGGAUGGUAGGGAUAGGAUAGGAUUUUUUGUACAAUUUAUAUGUGAUAAAAAAAAACCGAGGAAAACAAGCCCAUUUAUUGGAUAACAUUUACACUUACCCGUUCUUCAAGAGCAAUCCAUAUUGAUGGGAUGGGAUGUGCAUUGUGUUGGGGGGGGGGGGGGAAGAAGGGAAGAACUUGCUCCUUACACUCGAAACCACCCGGAAGGCGAUGAAGGCAGGCAUGGAGGCAGAGGUAUAGAUAAACAAAAGAACAACCGUUGAAAAACAAAAGAAGGGAAGCUAGAAGAUACGAGAUGUCGAAAGUGAAACAAAAGUAUUUAACAAUAAAAGUGCUAAGUAAAUAGGGCAUAAGGAUCUUCAACCAUGCAGCAGGAUCACACAAAAUUAAAUAUAUAACUUUACACACCAGUAGUAGCCAUACUAAAUGAUAAUAAAAACUGAACACGUGACCGGCAAUAGUGGGUGGACAAAUUAGUAGUGUGGACUAUAGAUAUCCAGUCUUGUGAAUGCGAGCAAACACCUAACCAUUCGGAUCUGUUGUGUACCUUUUACCACUUCACCUAGCAGAGCCAGCGUGUCCUUGUUCACGUUCGACCCUGCACCCUAAACACGCACGUGUCCGCGAGGCGCAGGAAACGGAAGCCACGGGUGACGAUGGAAAUACCAUCCAUUUUCCGGAACAAUAAACCAACCGUGCACCUUUAAGGGGCGCGUGUGUCGAUG